CCCACCACACAACCACCGCAGCGCACGCUCAGCCCUGCAAAGAGCUCUCGACACCGCCGCUGCUUACCUGAACAGCAUUGGCCUUGCCAUCUCGGCAAGGAAGACGGAGGCCAUGCUGCUCCACCCAAGAGCAGCCGCCCGCCGCACAGCACCCCGGCUGCACCUGGAAGGCGCCCAGCUGCCCUGGAGCACUGCAGUGACGUACCUGGGGCUGCGCAUUGAUCACCGACUGUCCUGGCUGCCUGCUGUCAAGAUCCUGCAUGUGCAGGCCCUCCGGGUCCGCAAGGCAGUCUCCCAGCUACUUGCCCGAGGACAGGGCUGUACCACUGGGUGGGCACUGCGGCUGUACGAUGCAGCAGCUACCUCACGCCUGCGGUACGCCCUCCCACUCGUGGCACUACCACCUGCCCGUCUCAAGAAGCUGGAGCUGCAGCAUCGGGCCGCGAUUAGGCUCUGCCUGGGCGCUCCCCGCAGCUCCCAAGUCGCUGCAACCUUGGCCGAGGCGGGGGCAUGGCCCCUGUCACUCCUCCUCCUGCAGCAGGGGCUACGCCAUGUUGACCGCCUCCACCAUGGACCAGACGGCAGUGCCCUGCUCUCCCGACUGCGCUCGCGGCCCCAUUCACAGAUGGGCAGACUCUGUGGGCUGUACGAGGAGGUGAUCGGGAGGCCUCCAGCGAACAACGCACAGCUGCCUCCUCCGCAGAGACCACCCAUACCCAUCACCACAGAGCUGCCUGGCGUUUCCAAACGGCGCUCCCCGACUUGUGCCCUUCAACAGACGGCUGCCUCCCUCCUGCAUGAGGACCACGGAGGAAACCUGCAGAUCUACGUUGACGGCUCGGUGAUGCCAGACACAGGCUCGUCGACUGCGGCCUGCGUGGUGCCCGCUUUGCGGAAGAGCAAGCAGUGUCGCCUCCCCGACCAUGCGACGUCAACAGCGGCAGAGGUAGCAGGCCUUCACCUGGCUGUGGACUUACUCGCAGAGGAGCUGCCGGUGACCCCAGUGACCAUCUACUGCGACUCCAAGGCGGCACUUCUCAGCCUGCAGAGGCCAGAAAGGGCCAGCCUCGGAGUUUCCCUGCUCUCGACAAGGCUGAUGGCGCUCCAGGAGGCGGGCUGCUCAGUGUCCCUGCACUGGCUUCCAGCCCACGUAGGAAUACCGGGCAACGAGGAAGCAGAUGCACUGGCAAAGCGUGCCCACCACUGCGUGGUCCCGCCCAGCCUGGCUGUGUCAGCCAAUGAUUUCACAAGCCACAGGCUUCGGCGCCAUCUGCUGGCCUGCCAUCCGGACAAGCGGACGUCCUUGGGCCGCCCUCCGCGACCACUUCCACAGCGCGGCCUCGCACGCAGGGAGACCUCCCUCCUUCUGCGACUGAGGAUUGGCUGCUGUUGGACGGGUGCUCGCCGCCACCGUCAUGGCCUCAUCGCCUCUCCAGCCUGUGCCUCCUGUGGGGAGCCCGAGACCCUGGAGCACCUCCUGCUGGCCUGCCCUGCUUACCUACAGCAGCGUGACCGUCUCCUGCAGGAGUUCCGACGCCUGGGGCUUCCUUCUGCACGGCAGGAAGACAUCCUCUUCCCUGGUCGUAGCGAGCUACCAGCCCUCCUAAGUGUCGUCGAGUACCUCGACUCGUCGGGGCUCUCGGCGAGACUCUAGGAUUUUCUGCAAAGACGGAUAGCCUCACGGCUAUCCAAACCACUACAGGCUACUCGACCUGCCCCAAUCAUCUGGCUCCUGCUGGAUCACCGCCCCCUGGCCUUUCACCCGAUCACCACUCCUACCGGACCCAAUGGGCCCUUUCUGCCGGACUGCUCAGCCGCUGCCCAUGGCGUCACUUUAACCCUCUACUCUCCUAUCUCCUUUGCUCCCACUCUCACCCCCCCCACCCCUGUUGACGCUGAGCCGUGCUCCCGCAAGGGCUGCAGAAAACAGCGCCAACCUUUCCUUCUC